AUGAAAAUCCACUUGGUCUUGUUUUGUUUACUGAACUGGUGCUCCGGAACCGCUCUAAUCGUAACUACCGGCACUGGUCAGUGCCCGGAUGGGAUCUUUUGCCGCGUCGGGUACAUCUGUCUUCAACAGAAUGGCAGGUAAGCGCAUUUCAGAAAAGACCUCGCUACAGCUAUGUUCUCAAGCAAUAUGUGUGUUCCUGAGCUCAACACUGAAAGUGCGAUGUUCGCCAGAGAGGACGCUGUUAUUGCGAAAGGUAAUUCUUAUGUGUUUGAUAGCAAAAAUGUGUACAACGGAUCGCAAAGGUUCAAAAAAUAUUCGUUAUAAAAACGUUCCGGUGUGUGGAGGUUUAGUCCACGCUUGAUUGUUUGGAGCUGUGAAAUUGUUCGUUGUAGAGAGGUUUCUUUUUGUGAAUGUUUGUUGUAGAGAGGUUCAACUGUACAUCCCGGCCUUUGAGUGUAUACAGUGACAAUUGUGAACGAGCAACUCCGCACUUCGAAAGCUCUCUACAACAAACUUUUUCAUAGAUUUUAAAGUUUUAAUUCUAUGUCAAAGGAGAGUCUCCGUAUAACGAAGCCUUUCCUCGAAAAAAAGCUUUUAGUACCUUACAAUUCAUUCUACUCAGGCCGUAAACCCUCUUUUUUCCAUUUUCAGGCAGCCGUGUUACGACAGUAACAAGUGGGACAAAUAUAUGCCCUAUCAGCCGGAAGCGAUGUGACCUCUUUUACGUUUGUUUUGAAACAGGCGACAGGUAUUUUUCACUCCUAUCCAAGAUAUCUUACAGUGACUAUUUAGCCACAUUUGUGUGAAGAAAAGCCAGGUUGUGCCGGACGAGUGGACGCAAAGGAUCAAUCAAAUCCCCAACUUCAAAGGAAACUCGGCUGAACCACAGAGGAGACACACUGUUUGUACACUUGUUGGCAUCGUAUUCCUUCUAAUUUCCCAAUUUCUUGGCGCGAUGUGA